UCAUCAAGGACGCCAUUAAGGAGAGCGAGGAGCAGAGGAACAAAUAAUGGAUCGCAAGACGCGGCGGGCCAACUUCAAAAACCUGCAGCCUCGUUCAACGCGAAGCACCAAAGCAGCCGCAGAUACAUUAUCGUUAUCCAACUUCUUUGCCACACCCGAAAGUGCUGAAGAAGUUCCUUCAUGUCUCGCCGACAUUCCUAUUCAGCCCGAUCCUCCUGCCCCCAAAAUCAAACCAAUACGUUCCAGCAAUGUGUUCGAAAAACCUGGGCCCAAGCCCAAAAAGGCACCCAAGCUCAAGGCCAGCACGGGGCCAUCGUCGAGUGGCGCGCGUCGCGGACGCGGAAAGAGCAAACAGCAGCCCAGCAUCAGCAACUUCCUGCGCAACGAGCAGAUCUUCGCAGAGGUGACCGCCCAGCAUUGCAUGGCGGACAACUUCAGUCCGGAUGACAUUGAAAUGGCGCUGGCGCUGUCCAAGUCGGAGAGUGAGAAGCAUGGACGCCUGCGCUUGCACGACGAUGACGAUGCAGUGGUUGACCUAAUGGAUGAUGAAGAUAAGUCCACAGAGAGAAUACGUCAUAAACUGCAGAAGUAUGGCUUCCGCACAGCCGCCAAGGAAGAUUAUAAAUCUCUGGCGGUCCUGCCCGUAGUGGCCAGCAAAGGAGGUAGACGUGGCAAGUGGGCCAAUAGGUUUACUGCCCUAACUUUAAGAAAUCCGGAGGUGCAACAGAAGAAGCUCGAGGAGAAAGUAUCUGCAUUGCUGGGCCAAAAAGUGCGCGGAAAGGAGCCAAAGAAAGAAGACUGUUAUCUGCUACCAUACACUGUGAUCACCGCAACGUUGAAGGAACUCAGAGCUGAGGGUGAAUCUCGCAUCCUUCGAGAACCAAGCGAAGGGCCCAUAGAUGAAUUAGGAUCAUACUACGUAACCGACUUGUUUGAAGUUAGUCGCACGCCGGCACACCAUCUUUUAAAGAAUUGGGCUGCGAUACAGGGAAGGGAUUUUUCGCCAGAGCGUGAGACCCAAAAAUGCCGCCAAUUGAGGCAACAACAUGAACUUGUCUACGCUGAGUUGGAACGACACUUCGGUGAUCCUCAGAAGUUGCAAGAGGAAGUGAUGCAGGAACUGGAUGAUUUGGAAAAACUCGUGGCAGAAAACAUGAUCGAAGAUGAUUCUGUAGUGAUAAAUAUUGUGGAGGCAGAAACCUCGUCGACUGGUACCAGUCCAUCUAAGGAGCCGCCGGAUAAGCGUCCAAAAAUGACAAUGGAAGACAAGGAAAACCUGCAGCCCACAACCUCAAAAGCCAGCUUGACCGUUCCCGCCCAGUCAACCCGCUGCACCUCUCCGGAUCUCUUUGCGGACUCCGAAGAUGAGCCGGAUAUAGUAACGACUGCUAUCUCCAACGAACCCGAAGACGUUAGGAAUCUUUCAAUGAAGGUUUACAAGAAUGUCAGCAUAAGUGAACGAUCAUCUUCGGUCGCGGAAAUAGAAGUUGUGUCCAGCAAUGAUGAACCAUCUCAAAUAACCACGUAUGAAGUGUUUUCCAGCGACGAAGUAAAGACUGUUUCCAACGCUACGCAGGAGAAGAUUUCUUUUGAUGACAAACCAAUCGAUGACUUCAUAGACCUAACACAAGAGUUCGAAAUGGUGGAAUUUAAUGAAUCGAAUCCUAGAACCCCAAACCUAAUUGCCUCAUCGGAAGCAGAUUCCAAUGUAGACAACCUAAAAGGUGAUACAAUUCUAGAUUUUACUUCCCAGGAUGUGAGUUGUCCCAUCUCCAAGGAAUUGUACGCAAAGUAUGCCAAUGUUGAAACAUUCCCUGUGUGGAAUGCAACAGCACAAGAGGAGGAUAAAAUUGAGUUUUCCUUAAGCAUGGAAAGAGAUUUGAAGAGUUCCGAGCAAUCGUCACACCAGCUCGGCAUAUUAACCACUCCAAAUGAGACCGAACGCAGUUCAAGCUUUAGUGAAUUGAAUUUCUCGAGGAACUCGCUUCGAAGGAGCGUUAGUCUAUCAACGGAUCUCAGUUUCAAAAGUCCGCUAAACUCAUCAGCCGAGAAGAUGGUCUCGCCAGCAGCUUCUCCUUACAAACAGUCGGACGCAAGUGUGGAUUUAACUCAGAACAGCGAUGAUGAAAACGACGCAAUUCUUCUCUCCGACGAGGAAAUCAAUUACUCCAUUUGGAAGGGCAAUAAGACCGUAAAGGAUUUGGAUAUCGGGGACGAUAGCUCAGACAGUUGCUUUGCAUCUCCGGUAUCGAAAAAGCGAGCUAUCCCACAGUUCCAAACUGAGGAGGAUCUGGAUGCCUUCUUAAUGGCCUUUUCCACGGAUGGCAAUGAAUCACAAGAUUCACAUUCACCCAACAAGAGUGCUCUUAGCAAGGAGCGUGCCGAGUUCGGAAUACUAGAUGCUGCUCCGUCUCAACCCUUCAGUCUAUCUGAACUGCAGAGUCCCGUCGGCAAAGAGAAGUCAUCGGACAAUGAAAUCAACUGGGCAGAAGCUUCGUUUUUGGAUGCACCGGCAAAGCCAUUGGCACGCAGGAGCAGCCACAAAUUUAACGAGCUCUUGUCGAAAAUAAGCAAGCCCGCGCAAAAUUCUGAUGAUGACUUCGACGAAUUCGAUCUGAUGGUUUUCCAAAGCAAAAAGGAAGCCGCCUCCAGUGCUGGCGAAACAAGUGACAUGCCUCGAGGAUUGGAUCUUUUGUUAAAGGGAGAGAUUAAAACCACAGCCAUAUCGGAGGCAAGAGCUCUAGGCAACCAAACUCCGAUUGAACCGCAGCAAGUAGAUGUUGACGGUAAUGUCUACUCCGUGCGUGUUUGCCACUCACCUAAGCCAGAUUUCGCCACCCUCUCGGAAUCGGAGAUCCUCCAGCAGCUCUACAAGUACGGCAUUAAGCCACUGAAACGCAAGCAGGCGGUGAAAAUGCUCGAAUUCAUCUACAAUCAAACGCAUCCCAUAAUGAAGACGGCUGCUGUUCAGGAUUUACCCGCCAGAUCUGAGCCAAUUGUGCGUUCCAAGUCAACUCCUGUGAUUAUGGAGCGACCACAUUCGCAAGUAUCAAAGCUAACCACUAAAACUUUGACGGCAACUGGGCCGAAAAAGGAUUUCACGUUUAACGAUGCCACUGGCGAGGAACUGCUGCGCUUCUCCCAAUCCCUUCCCCCGAGUCUUUGCGAUGACUUCGAGACCUUUGUCAUGCAAACGAACGUUACCAAGAAGACGCCACAGCCGCUGGUGCCACUGCACAUCGCCUGGCACAAUCUCAUCUGCGCCAAUCCCCAACUGCACGAGAGUGUGCUCACGUACGAACCCAUUGAUUUGCAGGCGGUCUACUUACAAUUGAAGCACAUGGGCCAUCGAUACGAUCCAAAGGAUCUAAAGACCUUCUUCGACCGGCGUUGCAUUAUCUUUCGCUAUGAACUGGGUGCUCCCGGCAAGCAAGCGGAGCGUCAUGUGCGAAGACACACAAAAAAGCCUUCUAAAAGGAAGUAGAUUCUACAAGCUUUGGAAUUUCUUUGUACUUAUACCUCACUUCGAAUGCAUUGAAUUAUUUUCUAGUAUUUACCUUAUACUGUAUUAUUGAAUAAGAUAUUGUUAUUUGGCAUUUGCGGUCUAAAUUUAUUGUAUGCAAAAUUUAUAAAACUCAAAUACAUUCAACACUUUUGUUUGAA